AUAGAGGCAGAGGGGAGGGAGUUUGUUCCAAGACCUGCUGAUCCUACAGGGUACAGAAGAGUAAGGGAGAGCUGGAAUAACAGAAGUGUGUCCCCACUCAUCAUCCGCAGGAGCCAAUCAGGACUUGUUACUGGAGAUGACAAGAUUUUUGCCAAACAGAAGAAAAACAGAAGAUAUUCUAGUUGAAAAGGGAACCGAAUAAUUCACUUUUCCCUCUGUCGGAUAUCUCAUGGAAGCAUUAAGUAUGGUGGCAUUCUGGACGAAAUGACAGUUCUCUAUACACAAGUCCAUCCUGCCCCUGAACACAUCUUUGUUGACAUGUCAAGGUGAUACUUAUCAUUCAGUCACAAUCUACUUUAGGGAGGGGGGUCAGGCUAGACUUACCCCCUCCCCCCCACUUUCUGCUCAUCCAGUCACAGAGACAUCAUGCAGAGACUCCCACAUUGUGGUUAAAACUAAGCUGAAAUGGUUUUACACACGAGCCCCUUUCCCAGCAGCUUCCUAUCAUUUCUCCAUUCCUUGUCCUGGGCACUGAUAUUCCCAUGUUACUGGCUGGGAGAUCGGCUCCUUGCGUCUUUUCUGCCCACCACUUAUGAGAAACGGCAACGAUCUGAUGACCCAUGCUACUUUCAAGCCCUCUGUAUCAUAAUCACCACACCCAUCUACUUGGCCCUUUUAGUUUCUUCCCUCCCUUUUGCCAUUAUUGGCUUUCUUGUGUGGUCACCUCUCCAAGCUGCCCGUCGACCAUUCAUCUAUUCACGAAUUCAGGACAAGACGCACACUAGUGGAUCAAAGCUGUUGACAGAAUGGAGAACUGCAGGAAGUGGAAGAAGCUUUUGCUUUGGAAGUGCCAAUGUCUGUCUUUUGCCAGACUCAUUGGCCAGGUUCACUAACCUCUUCAAUACUCAAGCUCGGGCAAAAGAAAUUGGAAAAAGAAUACGCAAUGGGGCAAGCAGGCCCCAAAUUAAGAUUUACAUAGAUUCUCCUACAAACACUUCAAUUAGUGCUGCCAGUUUCAGUAGCCUGGUGUCCCCACAGGGAACUGAUUCCACUCACAGGGGAGUCAAUAUCGGUAUGAAAAGAACAACAUCUAUGGAAUACAAAGGAGACAACUCUGGUGAAAACAGUAGUGAAGAGGGAAGGGAAGGGAAGAAUGGUGGGGAUAUAGGUGAAGGAGAAGAUAGCCCAUGCAUUAUUCGUAUUAGUGGGGAUGAUAGUGGACACAUCUCUGACACAGAAAAUGAUACCAUGAGUGGACAUGUAAACAUUGCAUGCCUAGCAGAGACAGAACCAGAUUUUCAAAAGAAUCCAACUCCAAAUCACAAGCAUAAAGAUGGGGAUGGUGGAAGCCUGGACAGUUGUACUGCUUCUCGCGAGCCGCUGGUGAAAUCUCGCAUGGCAGACGGAACUAUUGACCAGAGUGGAGUAAACAACAAACUUCUACACAAGGCAUCUAUCAUUAAGAAAGCUGCAGCCCGCAAGAAGAAGCACACUGAUGAUAUCAUGGACCAUGAUAUAUCUGCAUUCUUUCCAGCAAAUCUGGACUUCCUCUGCUUACAAGAAGUGUUUGACAAACGGGCAGCAGAGAAGUUGAAAGAGCAGUUGCACUAUUAUUUUGAGCAUGUGAUCUAUGAUGUUGGGGUGUACAGCUGCCAUGGCUGCUGUGGCUUUAAGUUCCUUAAUAGUGGCCUCAUGGUUGCCAGUCGAUAUCCUAUACUGGAAGCUGUCUAUCACUGUUAUCCCAAUGGAAGAGGAAUAGAUGCGCUGGCUGCAAAGGGAGCUCUAUUCCUUAAGGUGCAGGUGGGAAUCACUCCUCAGGACCAAAGAAUUGUGGGAUAUCUGUCCUGCACCCAUCUACAUGCUCUGGCUGGUGAUGCCAUGGUUCGAUGUGAGCAACUAGACUUGCUCCAGGAAUGGGCGUCUGACUUCCGCAAAUCUACCUCCUCCUCCAGUACAGCAAAUCCGGAGGAGCUGGUGGCCUUUGAUGUCAUCUGCGGGGACUUGAACUUUGACAACUGUUCAUCUGAGGACAAGCUAGAACAGCAGCACACCCUGUUUACACGCUACAAGGACCCAUGUAGACUGAGUCCUGGAGAGGAGAAGCCCUGGGCAAUAGGAACACUUCUAGAUCCUGAGGGUCUGUAUGAUGAGGAAGUCUGCACUCCAGAUAACUUGCAGAAAGUCUUGGAGAAUGAGGAGGGCAGGAAGGAAUAUUUAGUGUAUCCCACCAGCAAGAACCACUGUCCUAACCAGAAAGGGAGGAAGGUGCCUCUUAAGGGCAGUGGGCGUAGAAUUGAUUAUCUUCUGUACGCUGAGGACGGACUCAACAUGGAAUGGAAAGUGGAGGUGGAAGAAUACACUUUUAUCACACAGUUAGCCGGCUUAACAGACCACGUGCCAGUAGCAAUGCGACUGACUGUCUCUACAGGAGAAGAGGAGUCUUAAGUAAGACUGUGGACACUGCCAGUAUUAUGGGUCACAGUAUACAUGGCCCAGGGGGGUCACUCCGAGCCCCAUAGCCUGAAGGAAGGAGAUUUCUUCAGCAUCCUGACAGAGCCUUGCGGACCUCUAUAAUUAGGACUGCAUGAAAGAGGCAGCUAGAUGGAAUGUGUCAGUGGGAAGCAGAGUAGCUCCCACGGCUAGAGGUCCUCUUCAAGCAGAACGAGAGGAACUACAAAAGAACCAGUGCCAUUCUUACCAAGAUGUUUUUAUACCACUAUAUAGCACAAUUUAGUUUGUAACCGUGAAAUGCCGUUCAAUGUUUCUUUCUUUUGCAUAACCUUUGUAUAACUAUAUAUAAACGAAAAUCGGGACCAUUAUUAACCUUUUUACAUUUUAGGCUCAUGUUGUAGUUCCCGCCAGCACCACUAGCAUGCGCUAUUAUUGCAUGAGGCUCUGCAUUACAAAAAUAACUGCCAAUUUAAAGACGGAAUAUGCAUAACACCAAACAGUGCAAAUGCAGAAUCCCAUAUUGGCUAAACUUUUAUAAUGGCUUUGCAGAAUUUUCUUUACUUUUUUUUUUUUUUAAUGCUUAUAGAUUAUACACAAUAAAAUAUCACACUGCUUUUAUCUGUUUGCAGUUUUACAAUUUCAUUGACUGAUAAUUAUCUUGGGUGCCCCUACUGGCCAUUUCUAGAAUAAUAAUCUACAGACUAGGUUGUUUAAUCAGUUAAAUCUUUACAACAUUGUAAUAUUGAUCUAAGGAACACGAACAAAAGUGGCCCAUGUUAAAGGGACA